AAACUCUCGCCAGAGUAUUGAAGCUUUCCUGCGGUACAACGGCGUGACCAGGUAUUGGAAGUGUCCGAGGGGGGGUAUUGAAAGCGGUUUUCAAUUUGUCCCCCUCGAUGAUACGGAUGAGAUGAGUCCAAUUGGUUAAAGUUUAACAUGGUGCGGAGCGAAUGGGUGAAUAUUUGAGCCAAUGCUGUUCUUCGUGUUUCGGCUGUUGCGACCAUCUGUUGAGAAAAGUGUCCCACUUUCCGUUUGGACUAUCAAACUACAUAACAGGAUGUCCAGCUCCCGCCAUCCGCGGGCUGCCUUGUGUCAGCUGAGUGUCACGGCGGACAAGCGGGCCAACUUGUGCGCAGCCCGAGAGCUGCUGGAGGAGGCAAAGCGGCGAGGUGCCAGCAUGGCCUUCCUGCCCGAGGCCUUCGACUACAUCGGCUCCGGUCGGGAGGAGACCCUGGGGCUGUCGGAGACCCUUGCCGGAGAGACGAUGACGCAAUACACGCAGAUGGCCAGGAAGUUGGACAUCUGGCUGUCUUUGGGGGGCUUCCAUGAACGAGGAUGCGAGCGGCGAAUUUACAACAGCCACAUCGUCGUUAACAAUCAAGGUGAGAUGGUGUCCACCUACAGGAAGUGCCACCUGUUUGACGUGGAGCUUCCCGAAAAGGGCGUCUUGCUCAACGAAAGCGCCUACACGAUCCCGGGACCCUCGCUGGUAGCGCCGGUCCAAACCCCCGUCGGCCAGAUCGGAUUGGGAAUCUGCUACGACUUGAGAUUCCCGGAGUUUUCGCUGGCGUUGCAGAAGAGCGGCGCCGACAUCCUGACGUUCCCGUCGGCCUUCACUGAGGCGACUGGAGCUGCUCACUGGGAGGUGCUGCUCCGGGCGCGAGCCAUUGAGAACCAGUGCUACGUUCUGGCUGCGGCGCAGGUCGGCCGACAUCACGACGGGCGCUCCUCUUAUGGCCACGCCCUGGCUGUGGACCCCUGGGGUGUGGUGAUGGCCGACUGCGGGGGAGAGCGAGCGGGCGUGGCGUUGGUGGAGGUCGACCUGGACAAAAUCCGCACCGUACGCAGGAACAUGCCACUCCGAAAGCAUCGCAGGGAUGCCACCUUUUACACCAGCCUGUAGAGAGCAAGACUUCGAGCUCUUUUAUAUCAUAUGGGAGCCUGCUGGAAUUUGUACAAAUAGUCAAUGUUCCUGUGCCUGCAUUGCUGAACAUUUCAACAUAAACAGCCAUCCCUUUUGCUAUUGGGUUCGAGGUGAGCUGGAGCCAGUCCUGGCUGACGUGGGGCGUUUCAGGAAACCCCCGCAAAAGACCAAGUCCACGAAAUAGCGGCCAGUUAUUUACUUGCAUAUUCAUACGCGUUGUCAAGUUUCAAGUGCAACUCAAUGUCAAUAGUUCAUACUUUAGAGAGGUGCAGUUAUUUGUCACACACACUACACAAGCAAAAUAAUAAUUAAAAAAAAUCAAAAGAAA